ACAUGAAUCACGACUCACCAAACCCAUCUUCCGUUCUUCCUUGAAUCUCUCGCUUUCUAAAAGAUCAUCAUCAAGAUUAUUCAAAGAAUAUCAGAGAUUCAACAAUGGUGUACAAAUCUCUCGAUUCUAUUUGCUUAUCCGACAUACAAGACCUUGGUAUUCCGCCGGAAACUGCCGCUAAACUUCAUCAGGAGCUCACUCAGAUCAUCCGGAGUUACGGCCCUGGUACUCCUCAUACAUGGAAGGAAAUCUCCACUCGACUUCUCAAUCCCGAUCUUCCUUUCUCUUUUCAUCAGAUGAUGUAUUAUGGAUGUUACAUAGAUUUCGGACCCGAUCCUCCUGCUUGGUUACCCGACCCGGAGGAUGCAAUACUGACAAACAUAGGUCGUUUGUUAGAGAGACGAGGAAAGGAAUUCUUGGGUCCCAGUUAUAAAGAUCCCAUUUCGAGCUACUCUGCAUUUCAGGAGUUCUCAGUGUCAAAUCUGGAGGUGUUUUGGAAAACGAUACUGGAGGAAAUGAAUAUAUCAUUUUCUGUGCCUCCACAACACAUAUUAGUUGAUGAGCCAUCUGAAAAAAGCCAGUUGUUGCAUCCAGGAGGUCAGUGGCUUCCUGGAGCUUAUGUAAAUCCUGCUCGAAAUUGUUUGAGCUUGAGUAGCAAGAGAAGUUUGAGCGAUAUAGCAGUGAUAUGGCGUGAUGAGGGGAAUGAUGAAAUGCCAGUCAACACAAUGACAGUUGAAAAAUUGCGCUCGGAGGUUUGGUUAGUUGCAUAUGCUCUUGAAACACUUGGAUUGGAAAAAGGAUCUGCAAUUGCAAUUGAUAUGCCUAUGGAUGUCAAAUCCGUGGUGAUAUAUCUAGCAAUUGUUCUGGCAGGCUAUGUGGUCGUAUCUAUUGCAGAUAGUUUUGCUCCUGGUGAAAUUUCAACAAGACUUGUACUAUCAAAAGCAAAAGCAAUUUUUACCCAGGAUUUGAUUCUUCGUGGUGACAGAAGCAUCCCCUUGUACAGCCGAGUCGUUGAUGCUCGAUCGCCUGUGGCAAUUGUCAUUCCUACAAGGGGAUCCAGCUUUAGUAUGAAAUUGCGUGACACAGAUAUUUCUUGGCAUGAUUUUCUGGAACGAGUUAAAAAGUACAGGAAUGUCGAGUUUGUUGCUGUUGAACGACCAGUGGAAGCUUUCUCGAAUAUCCUCUUCUCUUCAGGAACUACUGGGGAACCAAAGGCAAUUCCAUGGACCCUUGCAACACCUUUCAAGGCUGGUGCAGAUGGUUGGUGCCACACCGAUGUCAACAAAGGUGAUGUUCUUGCAUGGCCCACUAAUCUUGGAUGGAUGAUGGGUCCUUGGCUAGUUUAUGCUUCAAUGCUGAAUGGGGCAUCACUUGCCUUGUAUAAUGGAUCUCCCCUCAGUUUUGGGUUUGCCAAGUUUGUUCAGGAUGCAAAAGUAACAGUGUUGGGAGUGAUCCCAAGUAUUGUAAGGGCAUGGAGAACAAAGAAUAGUACAGCUGGCUGUGACUGGUCAACCAUCCGGUGCUUUGGAUCGACUGGUGAGGCAUCUAGUGUGGAUGAAUAUCUUUGGCUGAUGGGAAGAGCUAAAUACAAGCCGGUGAUCGAGUAUUGUGGGGGCACAGAGAUUGGCGGUGGUUUUAUUACCGGAUCAUUACUGCAGCCUCAGUGCUUGUCUGCUUUCAGCACACCCACUUUAGGAUGUAAUCUGUUUAUCCUUGGCAAAGAUGGAAUCCCUAUACCACCAAAUGUAUCUGGAUUUGGUGAAUUGGCUCUUUAUCCUCUCAUGUUUGGAGCAUCAAGCACGCUUCUAAAUGCUAACCACUAUGAUGUUUACUUCAAAGGCAUGCCUUCUUGGAAUGGGAAGGUUCUAAGAAGGCAUGGGGAUGUAUUUGAGCGAACGCCUAGAGGAUGCUAUCGUGCCCAUGGUCGUGCAGAUGAUACCAUGAAUCUUGGAGGCAUCAAGGUAAGCUCGGUUGAGAUUGAACGCAUAUGCAACUCAGUUGAUGACACAAUCCUCGAGACAGCAGCUAUAGGUGUUGCACCGAGUGGUGGUGGGCCAGAGAGGUUGGUAAUUGUAGUCGUGUUCAAAGAUGCCAAUGGUUCAACAACACCUGACUUGAAUAAGCUGAAGGUGUCACUGAAUUCCGCUUUACAGAAGAAUCUAAACCCUUUGUUUAAGGUUUCUGGUGUGGUGACCCUUGAAUCACUUCCUAGAACAGCAACAAACAAGGUGAUGAGAAGGGUUUUGAGGCAGCAGCUGAUUCAAGGUGGUCAAAAUUGCAAGUUGUGAAUUCUCACAUCCCAAGUGUAUGAUGAUUGUCGAACAUAUGCAAUGUGUGAGAGUUUAUUUAUAGCAUCUUUUUCCUUGCAUAGGCAAAAGAAAUGGUUAAUUAAGUCCACAAUUAACAUAUGAUAGAUUGGUUAUAAAGACGGAUUGAAUAUCAGGUACGGGUAUGGUAUAUACACAUUCGAUCCAUUAUGCAUUGUGAAAAUGGCUCGAUUACUUCAAAUAGGUGGGUUCGAUGUCGUUCUCGUUAUUAUUAUUGAUUGCAAGACUUUAUGUGAAAUUCGAUUUAUCAUAUUAAAUGUUGAUUUUAUAAUAUAAAAAUGUUUUUACUCGU